GUGCUUGUGGAACAAGUCUCAAAGGAAUACCAAGGUGCAAGAGAAAGCAAGCAGCCGCCUCACUUAAACAUGACUGAAAAAGAUGAUCUCAAAAAGGAAAGGAAGGGCAGAGGAAAGUGUAAAGAAGUGUUUGGCUACCCCAUCAGUAUCUUUUUCAUUAUAGUAAAUGAGUUCUGUGAGAGGUUCUCUUACUAUGGAAUGCGAGCUGUGCUGGUGCUGUACUUUAAGUACUUUUUGCGAUGGGAUGACGACUUGGCCAUCUCCAUCUAUCACACCUUUGUCGCUUUCUGCUACCUAACCCCCAUUCUUGGGGCCAUUAUAGCCGACUCCUGGCUUGGGAAGUUCAAGACAAUCAUCUACCUGUCGAUUGUUUAUGCGCUCGGUCAGGUGGCAAUGGCUGUCAGCGCAAUCCAUGACAUCACUGACUCAGACAGAGAUGGGUCCCCAGACAAUAUCACCUUUCAUAUCGUGCUGUCCAUGGUGGGUCUCCUGCUCAUUGCUCUUGGCACUGGUGGUAUCAAACCUUGUGUGGCUGCCUUCGGUGGAGAUCAAUUUGGAGAUCAUCAGGACAAGCAAAGAAGAACAUUCUUUUCAGUUUUCUAUCUCUGCAUCAAUGGUGGAAGUCUUUUGUCAACCAUCAUAACUCCCAUCCUCAGAGCUCAGGAUUGUGGUAUUCACAGUAAGAGCAAGUGCUACUCACUUGCUUUCGGCGUGCCUGCAGUCCUGAUGGCGGUUGCUCUCGUGGUGUUUAUCCUGGGGAGUGGUAUGUACUACAAAACUAAACCAGAGGGGAAUAUCAUGCUCAAGGUGUCUAAAUGCAUAGGGUUUGCAAUUAAAAACCGGUACAGACACAGAAGCAAACAAUAUCCAAAGAGGGAGCACUGGAUGGACUGGGCAGAGGACAAAUAUGAUAAACUCCUCAUUGCUCAAAUCAAAAUAGCACUGAGGGUUCUCCUCUUGUACAUCCCACUGCCCAUGUUCUGGACCCUUUUUGAUCAAAAGGGUUCAAGGUGGACACUACAAGCCACCACAAUGGAUGGACAUUUUGGGUCAAUCGUUAUACAGCCCGACCAGAUGCAAACAAUCAACCCCAUCCUGAUUCUGACUCUGGUUCCCAUUAUGGACAGCCUGGUAUUCCCUCUGAUUAAAAAGUGUGGUCUGAACUUUACACCUCUGAAAAAAAUGACUGUUGGGAUGAUUCUUGCAGCCCUUGCUUUCGUCUGUGCAGCUGUGAUCCAGCUUCAAAUUGACAAAACCUUGCCUGUCUUCCCAUCGGCGUCCCAGAGUCAGUUGAAGUUUCUUAACAUGGGAAAUACUCAGAUUACUGUUCAGUUUCCAGGAGAUCAGUUAAAUCUUCUAGGAGCUCAGGCCAGUGAAGAAUACUUCAAAUUUGAAAGUGAUCAAAUUCUGGUUUUAAUCGGCAAUCCUUCAGUAUCAAGAAAUGUUUCCCUGACCAAAGGGCAGCGACAAACACUUCUUAUUCCCUCAGUAAUCAGAGAUGAAUGGCAACUGGCUUCUGAUCUGAUUUACAAGCCAGAAGAAGGAAACAAUGAAAUCCGAUUUAUAAAUGGAAUGAGUACACCAGUGAAUGUCUCUUCAGCUGCAGUCAAUUAUGAUCAAAUUGAACCAUUGCAUUAUUCAAACUACUCCAAGAUAAAAAAUGGAAGGGCCACAUUCACCUUGCAGAGUGGGUCACAGUCAUGUGAAUACAGCAAGGAUUUUGGAUUUGGAGGCUCAUACACUUUCUUCAUCCCCAGCACAUUAACAUUUGGACCAAACUGUCAUGAAUCUAUAACUGAGUCAGUGGACAUUAAACCAAACUCGGUGCACAUGGCCCUUCAGAUCCCACAGUACUUCCUCAUCACUGCUGGUGAAGUCCUGUUUUCUGUUACUGGCCUGGAGUUCUCCUAUUCGCAGGCACCCAGUAACAUGAAGUCAGUGCUGCAGGCGGGCUGGUUGUUGACCAAUGCCUUUGGAAACUUUAUCGUCCUCAUUGUGGCAGAGAUUGCAAAACUUCCCAAACAGUGGACAGAGUAUAUCCUGUUUGCCUCUCUGCUGGUGGCGGUGUCCAUCAUCUUCUCCAUUAUGGCGAGUUUUUACACCUACAUCGACCCCACAGCGAUCGAGGCCGAGUUCAAGAAGAAAAUUCAUGAUGAUGAAGAUGAUAAGAAAAAGGAGCUGCAGAAAUCAGAGUUUAAGAUGGAGAAAAGAGAUUCAGUUAGCAGUGACAAUGAAGACAAUAAAUAUGCUCAAACCAGCAUGUGAACUAUAGCUAUCAGGAAAUUCAUCUAUGAUGUUGACACGUAAAGGCAUGUAAAAGAGUUUUUUGCAAAAACUACAAAUUAAUUGAUCUGUCCAUUUUCUGAAUAUCUGAGUGCAACAAAAUGUUCCUUUAAAGUUCAAGUUAAAUCAACAUAAUUACAAAAAUUUACUUCUUCCUUGUUUUUUUCUCUUUUUUUGUUGUUGCUUCUUUUAUUGAAAAGAUGUACCCAAAGUAUUGGAAUUAUGAUAAUGCUUAAAAGUAUGAUGUUUUGCAAUCUCUUAAUGUGAGAUAAUGGUCGUUCCUUUUGCUAGUUUAAGAAGUUGGUUGUGAAACAAAGUCAGCCUUUUUUUUUUUUAUUUAUGUUCAUUUGAAGUGACUGAGACUCACUUAAGGAUGACAGAAAAAAGAGAUUCUCCAAUAUCUGGGACACUUGCACAAUGAAACACAACUCUAUUCCUAGAGUGUUUCUUUCCUCUCUUGUUUUGUAUUUUAAUGUAUUAAAAUGUGUUUACAAAAUUUUUAAGAAAUAAGAGUGUAGUCAUGGUAUUCAGGAUUUAUUGAUAAUGCUGCAUUUUCUGGCUUUUUUAGUUUUUUUUUUAAAAUGUUUUUCUUUGGUCUGUAUUUUUAAUGUUUGAUGUUGUGCUAAAAAUGUAAUAAAUAUAUUUAGAAAA